AUGAUCGAGAUUGGAGCUCACACUGCUGAUAGUAGCCCAUGGCACGGAGGCGGCAAUGGCCAGCAACCUCCGACGAACAACUAUGUCGUCUCGCUCGGCCCACGCCCAUAUUACCUGGUCCAGAAUAUGACCGACAGCGCCUUGAAGACCAAGCUAGCGUCGUGCGAGAACCUGGACUUCAAGGUGAAUGGCUUCGUCAUUGGUCACCGUGGUGGAGGAACUCUGCAGUUUCCAGAAGAGACUGCUCAGUCCGAACAAGCAGGUGCUCGUAUGGGUGCGGGCAUUCUUGAGUGUGAUGUGUCUUUCACGGGAGAUAGAGGGCUUGUUUGCAGACAUUCGCUUUGCGACUUGCACACCACUACCGAUAUCCUAGUCCGGCCCGAGCUGGCCAAGAAGUGCGUGGUCCCAUUCACUCCAGCCAAUGCCUCUUCGCCAGAAGGAGCCACAGCAGUUUGUUGUACUUCUGAUAUCACAACUGCAGAGUACGAGACGCUUUGUGCCAAGCAGGAUGCCUACAAUGCUUCGGCCAGAACCCCACAGGACUACCUGGGAGUAGCCCCAGAUUGGCGAACCGAGCUCUACGACACUUGCGGCAAGGUCCUCACUCUGGACAGCUACAUCGAUCUCGUCGAAUCCCUGCCUGUUCAGCGCAACUUCACACCCGAGCUCAAGACUCCUCCCACGCCAUGGGUUCCUAUGCCUUUCCAUGGCUAUACUCAGCAGCAGUAUGCCCAGGACUUCCUUGACACUUUCAAGAGGAAGGGAAUCAGCUACAACCGAAUCUGGCCGCAGAGCUUUUUGUACGACGAUAUCCUCUACUGGCUCAAGAACGAUCACGAGUUCGGAAAGCAAGCCAUUUUCCUCCAGGAAUACGACACAGCAGCCGACAUCGUCAACGCAACUGCGAACUUGACUGAAGUUCGUGCUGCUGGUGUCAACAUCAUUGGUCCUUCCAUUCCUAUGCUUGUACAGGCUGGUGGUCCAAACAACGAUACCAUUGUGCCAUCUGCAUACGCGAAGGCCAUCACAGAUCAUGGCUUCGACAUCAUUGCUUGGACCUUCGAGCGUAGUGGACCAUUGGCUACCGUCAAGUCCCGCGGCGAGUACUACUUCAGCAGCAUUGCCAACAUCGUAUCGUACGAUGGCCAGUACUAUAAUCUACUGGACGUCCUUGCGAACCAGAUCAAGAUCAAGGCACUCUUCACCGAUUGGGCUGCAUCUGUGACUUACUUCGCGAAUUGCUUUGGUCUGCAGGGUCCUCAGAACAUUUACAAAUAGAUUUGAAUGGAGCCGCACGUGCGGACGAGGUAUAAUUAAUGAGCAAAAUCAAUGUUGAACGCUAGACCGAUGCUGU